CCCUAGUUCGCUUUCACUCUUGCAGCCCGAUCUCUUCUAGUCUCCUUUUCUUCACGUCUUCUCCAGUUCUUCUUUGAGUCUCCGACGGUCCAGAAGCCAAAAGCCGAGAUCGACCGUCGACGUCUUACCUCUUAGUCUUGCAGGCCAACCUCUUCUAGUCUUCUUUUCUUCGCGAGUUCUUCUCUUCUGGUGUUCUUCUUCAUCGCGUCUUCUUGAAUCUUCAGUUCUUCUCCUAGUCUCCGACGGUCUUGAAGCCAAAAGCCGAGAUCGACGUCUUACCUCUCAGCCUCGGUGGUUAACCACUCAGUGCUCACCCCCUCAGUGCAACUUUCAAUCUCUCAAAGCCUCAAAGGACCCGAUCUUCUGUGUGAUUGCUGAAAAUGAAGAGGUAAAAUCCCUCUAAGUCAACUGGUGCAACUACUAAUUCUGGUCCUGGUGGCAUUCAUAAAUCAUCUUCAUCAUCUCAGAUCAACACUAGUAUUGGUGAAUUGACAACACCAAUACCAGUUGACGAAAGAAGUAAUGCUGCAAAUCUGGAAGAAGAAAAAGGAAGCCAAGCAACCGAGGUUGAAGAUGAUGGAAGUGUGGAAAGCAUUCUUGAGGUGUUGAAACGGAAGGAAAGGUCAGAUAUUUGGAAUCAUUUUGAUAGGAAGGUGGUGGAUGGUAGAAUUAAGGGUGCAUGUAAUUAUUGUGCAAAAGAAUUCUAUGCCGAUCCUAGGAAGAAUGGUACAACCUCCCUUCUAAAUCAUAUGCACAAGUGUCCAAAGUAUCCCCCUAAUAUUGAGAAGUUGAAAGCUAAAAUGCAAAAGAUUUUAUCUUUUAAAAAACCAACUACUGAGUUGUGUACUAUAGAAUGCACUCAAGAAGAGCUAACUAUGUUAUGUGUGGAGUAUAUUAUAUUAGAUGAGCUACCAUUUUCUCAUUUGGAGGGAGAGGGGUUUAGGCGUUUUAUGGGUAGAGCUCUUCCUUAUUGGAGAAUUCCUUCCCGUAAGACAAUAGCAAAAGAUGUCCUUAAGCUUUAUUUGGGGGAAAAGAAAAAAUUGAUGGAUCAAUUGAGUUGAUAUAAGUUGUCUCUUACAACCGAUACUUGGACUUCUAUUCAAAACAUUAAUUAUAUGGUCCUCACUGCACAUUUUAUUUAUGAUAAUUGGGUGUUGCAUAAGAGAAUUUUAAAUUUUUGUGUGAUUCUAAAUCAUAAUGGAGAGGCUAUAGCUAAACUAUUGGAGGAUUGUUUGUUGGAAUGAGGUAUAGAGAAGAUUCUCACAGUCACCGUUGAUAAUGCUUCGUCAAAUGAUGUUGCAUUGAAGGAGUUGAGUAGGAGAAUAGGUGAUUGGGGUGUCCCUAAUGCACUUUUGCGUGGAAGGAAGAAUUUGCAUAUGAGGUGUGUAGCCCAUAUUUUUAACUUAAUUGAUUUUCAAUGAUGGGUUAAGUGUGAUGAAGAUAUUCAUUGGUGUCAUUCGCAAUGCGGUGAGGUAUGUUAGAUCCUCCCCACAAAUGCUUGAUUUUUUUAAGGAAUGUGUUGAAAGGGUGAAACUAGAGUGCAAAGGGCUUGUGAUUUUGGAUGUCCCUACUAGGUGGAAUUCCACAUUCUUGAUGUUGGAACGGGCAUUGAAAUUCUAAAAAGCUUUUGAUAGAAUGGUGGAUAAAGAUGAGGGUAAUUUUUGGGCAUGGCUCCAAGGUGACAAGGGUGAAAAGCCAAAAGAAGGGCCACCUAUGAGUGUUGAUUGGCAAUAUGGUGAGUAAUUUGUGGAUUUCUUGAGACCAUUUCAUGAAAUCACUUUGAAGGUAUGUUGUUCUAAUUCUCCUACCGUUCAUAGUACUUUUGGUGAUUUACUUUCUAUUUAUGGUCUCUUGCAAGAACAAAAGAACCCUUGCUUGUCUGAGAUUGCACCAUCCAUGCAAGACAAGUUUUAAAAGUAUUGGGGUAGCUUUGAUAAGUUGAAUCACUAUCUAUUCAUUGCUAUUUUUCUUGAUCCACGUCAUAAACUUGAGAAAUUGUUGACUAUUUUGAGAUUCUUGAUAAUGGGGAUAUGGAUGAAAAGGUGGAAGCUAACACAAGGAGUGUGAAAAAUCUCUUGUAUGACCUUUACAAGGUGUAUGAGGAAGAGGGAAGGGAAAGUGGUGUUGGUGAGGUUGGUGGUUCUCAAGUAUCUAGUUCAAGUAAGGGUCUAACGGAGUUAGAAAAGACAUUGAAAGAGAAGGAGCGAAGGAGAAGAGCAAAGAAAGUCGAGAUCGUAAACAACGAUGUAGAUAGAUAUCUUGGAGAUCCUAUUGAAGGAGAUGGUGAAAGCUUUGACUUGUUGAAUUGGUGGAUGGUGAAUGGAGUUUGUAAAUAUCCUAUAUUGGCCCGCAUUGCAAAGGAUAUUCUAGCUAUUCCGGUUUCAACCAUAGCUUCAGAAUCUUCCUUUAGCACGAGUGGGAGGAUUAUUGAUCCAUACCGUAGCUCCCUAAGUCCUAGAAUAGUGGAGGCCUUGAUAUGUACACAAAAUUGGCUUAGGAGUGAAAAUGUGUAUCUACAUCAUAUGUCUACUAUUGAGGAGAUGGAGUUGUGUGAAGAAGCGGAAAGAGAUGCCAUGUGGAGCUGCAGUGGGGAGUAGUCGGAGCGGAAUGUUACCUCCAAAGUCGAAGACUUCAUCUUUCCGAGCUUGAGAUCAUGCCAUUGCCCUCCUUCAUAUGUUGAUGUUGGUUCAUUCUUUUUGUGAUGUUUAAUCUUGUAGUGAACUUUUAUAUAUGGACUAUGAAGUAAUGAUGGACUUUUAUAAACUUUGGACUCUAUAUAUAUUUUUUGACUUCAUGUGUUGAUGGACUAUUGGACUAUAUCAAUUGAAUUAUAUGGACUAUGAAGUAUGGAAUUAUA